AUGCCCCGAGUUUGCCAGUAUUGUAAUAAAGCUGAAAAUAAUCGCCAGUUUUACGUUUGUCCCCGAUGCCAAGCGAUAUAUUGUUCAGUGGCCUGCUUUCGAUGUGAGGCUCACAGUCAAUGUUCCGAAGAAUUCUACAAGAAACUGGUUCUUGAACAGCUUGCUGAUGGACCACAGCCGAAGCGUGAGGGGUCGUCGUCGGGCAUCAUCGGUCUCGGAGCGUCUGAAGGCGACGAUGUGGCGGUGGAGGUGAGCCCCUUGGGUAAUAUGCAGCGAAUGUUGGAGACGGACGAAAAAGUGAUUGAUGAAGAGCUGUACUGCCGUGGAGUCGAUGUCAAGCACGAAGACCUCUUCGAGUUGUUAACCGACGAGGAAAAGGAGAAUUUCCAGAAUCUCAUAAAAGAGUGCUCUUACCUCGACAGUGCGCAGGAAUUCUCGUCUGUUUCUGCCGUCGCUAAUUCGAAUCCUGUACCUAAUGCCAGUUACGGGCUCCAGCAUUCGGAAUCCUGCUUUCGCAAAAAACAGUGA